CACUGCUGCGCGCCGCCGCGUGGCGUCACAGGCGCGCCGGGCGGGGGGAGGGGCUGUUGCCAUGGAGGCGGUGGGCGCCGGCGAGGAGGAGGAUGAGGAUGAAUGGCUUGUGCAGUCGCUGAGCCUGUACAAGGACCUCCACACCUUCGAGCUGCAGGCGCCCACCCGCGUCAUCGAGUGGGCCCGGGGGAGCCGUGUCUGUGUAGCCGGGUACGGACAGUCUGGUGGGCAGGAGAUCCUGCAGCUGGUCCCACCGCCGACACUUCAGGCGAAGGAGACCCAGGGUUUGUGUCCGGAGAGAGAUUUCAAGGUGGAAUGCGGUGGAUUUUCAAACCGCCCGGUGUACAGCCUGAAGCACGUGCCAGACACCAGCUUGCUGGUGACGAGCGGACCACCAGACAGCUCCCUCCAGGUCUGGCAGGUGUCAGCAGAGGACUCUGAUGUUAUUAAAUCUGUAAGUGCCAUACCUACAGAGAACGGCACCGGGCAGCCUUGGGCUAAAAUUGCAACCAUUUCGGCCAGAGCCCCGUGGGUCCUUCACGGCUCAAGGCUCAACAGCGUCCAAAUUACAGAGGUUGAAUCGAGGAAAAAUGUCUACACGGCAGCCUCCAGAAACAGCGAGGAGCUCAGCGGCCUGGCGUUCCUGGACUGCAACACGUUGCUCCUCUGCUGUGCCAAGGGGCAGCUGUGCCUGGCUGACGUUCGGCAGCCGCAGAGUCCCUUGGAGGCUGCGUCCCUCCCCUCGGCGCCGUGUGGCGAGCGGUGGUGCAUGGGAGUCGGGCGCGGACCUCCAGGCUCUGACUCCAGCUCCCAGCCCGUAGCUUGCCUCUCGAGCGGAGGGCACCUCACCCUGACGGACGUAAGGAAAACCUCAGAGUCCUUGGCCGCAGCAAAGUGCAGAGUUUCCUCUCCCCGCUCAGGCGCGGAGUUCCUCUGCGUCUCCUGGGCUCCUGCUCUGGAGGGCUGCCUUGCCGUUUCAGGUUUUGACGGGACCGUGCACGUGUACGACGUGCGGCGCUGGGACGGCUCCGGCAGGGAGGCAGAGCCCCUCUUUGUUCACAAAGGCCACGCGUUCGGCGGACCGGGCGGCAGCGCGGGGCCUCCCCUGGUCACGGUGCACACGUGGCAUCCGCAGAAACCCAGAACCUUAUUGUCAGCAGCAAGCGACGGUUCCCUGCACGUCUGGGACUGGGUUCAGCCCUGUGGGAAGUGUGGGUAGAUGAUGCUUUCGGCGAGAUGUGUGUUUCCUGUCUAUGUUCUAGCCUGCGUAGGCUGCGAGGUAUCUGCGUGCAGGUGCUGGGUGGAGACAGUUGCAGUGAACAGAAGCAACCGUAAAGAGCGCAAUUUUAAUAAAAACAUUGUUUUACUUGUU